AUGGUGAAGGAAACAGGAUUCUACGAUACCUUUGGUGUCAAACCCGAUGCAUCCGCAUCCGAGAUUAAAAAGGCUUAUCGCAAACUCGCACUGCGAUACCACCCUGAUCGCAACCCAGAAGCCGAGGCUCAAGAGAAGUUCAAAGAUAUCUCGUAUCAAUUUGCAGUACUUGAAGAUCCAGAGAAGCGUGCAUUAUACGACCGAGUGGGUGAACAAGGUUUAAAAGAGGGGGGUAUGGAUCGAUCUGGGUUUUCGCCUGAGGACAUCAUCAGUCAAAUGUUUCCAGGAUUUGGGGGGGGUAUGUUUGGCGGCAUGGGCGGCAUGGGAGGCAGACAUCGACAACACAGGGGAAAGGAUGUGGUGCAUGAGUUGGCGAUUACACUGGAGCAAUUAUACUCAGGUACGACUAAAAAGCUGAUGAUGAGGAAAAAUGUUAUCUGCAAGGGUUGCGAUGGAAAAGGAGGCAAGGACGCCCGACAAUGUUCAGCAUGUAGAGGUCGGGGAAUACGCAUGCAUGUGCAGCAAAUAGCACCAGGCAUGAUGCAGCAGUUCCAGGGACCCUGUAAUGAGUGCGACGGGCAGGGUACAAUCAUGAAACCAAAAGAUAGGUGUAAAACCUGCAGUGGCAAGAAGACAACUAGUGAAAGAAAACUAUUCGAAGUGCACGUAGAUAGAGGCAUGAGAGACGGGGAGAAGGUGGUGUUUGAGGGAGAGGCCGAUCAGGAACCAGACAUCCCAAGCGGCGAUGUGGUUGUGAUCCUGCGAGAGAAGCCGCACGAGGUGUUCCAGCGCAAAGACCUGCACCUCGUGAUGAAGAUGAAGAUAACCCUAUUGGAGGCCCUGUGUGGGUUUGUAAAGCCCGUGACACAGUUAGACGGGCGUGUGCUGCACGUGACAGCGUUACCCGGUAUGGUGGUGGCAGACGAUAAGCUCAUGACUAUUAAGGGCGAGGGAAUGCCACAGAUCAGACACCCGGAACUCAAGGGGGAUUUAAUCAUCCAGUUUGACGUACAAUACCCCGAGAGGCUGGAUGAGGCACAGCGUGCGUUGAUUGAGAAGGCUUUAGGUCCGUUGCCUGACUCCAUUAUGGAAACGGACGUCUCAGAAACCGUAUUUCUGGAAGAAUUCGACCCGAAUACCACAGACUUCUCACAGCAAGUCGAUGAGGAUGAUGAUCCUCGAAUGCAUGGAGGCCCCGGUGUACAAUGCCAAAAUCAAUGA